AUGGACGGACUACUAGCAGAAAUCAACUCGAAGAGAAAAGCACUUGAGGUACCUGGAGGAGAUGCUGGACCAUCAAAGAAGUAUUUACGACGAAGUGAGCUUGAAGCUGCUCGAGAGGAAGAAGAAAGAAAAGCCAAAGCUAUCGCCGCUCAAGCUUCAGCAGAGAAUAAAGCCGCCAAGAUGCGUACGGACGUGAAACCAUCCUCGUCCACCUCGGCCGCACCGGUCGAAACGGGGAAAGAAACGUUCAAUAUCUCUCCAGAAGAGUGUGUUCGUCGUCUCAGAGCUAAAGGUCAACCUAUACGACUAUUCGGGGAAACGGAUAAAGAUCGAAGAUUACGUUUGAGGGCGUUGGAAUUACAAGAUGAUAGAGAUAAAUCACAAACAGACUUUAAGAAAGCUAUGGAUACAAUGACUUCCGAGAUGCUUGAGAAGGCUGCGGAGAAACAUGCGAGAAGUGCGCAAGUGGGACAGAAGGAUAAAGAAAAGGAAGAAAAGGAAGAGAAGAAGAGGUUUGUGGAUUUACCUCUGGUAGAUUUGAGUUUGGUCAAGACGGAUAUCAAUAAGUUGUAUCCGCAGAUUUAUUGGGCUUUCAAAUCACUUCUACGAGAAUGGGGCGAAUGGUUAGAAGCUAGAGAUGAUACCACCAAAAAUACUGCAGCUGGGAAGAUGGCAGCUGCAGCUCAAGUCCAAUCCGCUCAAAAUCUCAAACCUUUAUUUCGUCUUUUACGUCAACGAGACAUGCCCCCAGAUGUCGUUCGCGCCCUCGCUCAGAUGGUACACUACAUGCAAAUCCGAGCGUAUCAAAAAGCCAACGAUGCGUAUUUACGAAUGUCUAUAGGGAAUGCCGCUUGGCCAAUAGGAGUCACCAGUGUUGGUAUACAUGAGAGAAGCGCUUUGGAAAAGAUUUAUUCGGAUAAAGUUGGACAUGUGUUGAAUGAUGAGUUGUCGAGAAAGUACAUUCAAGCUGUGAAACGUUUAAUGACAUUCAACCAAACUGUCCGACCUCCGGAUGAUAACGCUCACGCCGUUGGGUGA